AUGCCAUCGUGGGAUCAGGUCUUGAAGAGAGUGGUGAAGAUGACUGACGCCAAGUACUUCGCGAACACCAAAAAGGGUGAAAUCUUUGAACUCAAGAGUGAACUCAAUUCAGACAAGAAGGAGAAGCGCAGGGAAGCCGUGAAGAAAGUGAUCGCAUCGAUGACUGUAGGCAAGGAUGUGUCGGCACUGUUCCCGGUUAAAAAGUUGGUGAAGAUGACUGACGCCAAGUACUUCGCGAACACAAAAAAGGGUGAAAUCUUUGAACUCAAGAGUGAACUCAAUUCAGACAAGAAGGAGAAGCGCAGGGAAGCCGUGAAGAAAGUGAUCGCAUCGAUGACUACCAUUAAUAAGUUACUGACGGCUUUGAAUGAAUGCACCGAAUGGGGACAAGUAUUCAUAUUGGACUCCCUGUCCAGCUAUACCCCAAAGGACGAUCGCGAGGCACAGAGUAUAUGCGAGAGAGUGACCCCACGUCUGGCGCACGCGAACGCAGCCGUCGUCUUGAGUGCUGUCAAAGCGCUCAUGAAAUUCAUGGAAAUGAUGUCUUCGGACUCGGACUUUGUGGUGACUUUAACCAAGAAAUUGGCGCCUCCUUUGGUGACACUGCUGUCAAGUGAACCGGAAGUACAAUACGUGGCGUUACGUAAUAUUAAUCUAAUCGUUCAGAAACGGCCCGAUAUAUUGAAACACGAAAUGAAAGUGUUUUUUGUCAAAUAUAAUGAUCCCAUUUAUGUAAAGCUCGAAAAGUUGGAUAUCAUGAUACGACUGGCCUCUCAGGCAAACAUCGCCCAAGUAUUGGCUGAACUUAAAGAAUACGCCACUGAAGUGGACGUGGAUUUUGUACGAAAGGCUGUCCGUGCGAUCGGUCGGUGCGCUAUUAAAGUGGAACAAUCGGCUGAGCGAUGUGUGGCUACUCUUCUGGAUCUGAUUCAAACAAAAGUGAAUUAUGUGGUUCAGGAGGCAAUUGUGGUGAUUAAAGACAUUUUCCGCAAAUAUCCCAACAAAUACGAGAGCAUUAUAUCGACUCUUUGCGAGAAUUUGGACACUUUGGACGAACCGGAGGCCAGAGCUUCGAUGAUAUGGAUUAUUGGCGAAUACGCCGAACGCAUCGACAAUGCGGACGAAUUGCUCGAAAGCUUUCUCGAAGGCUUUCACGACGAGAACAGUCAGGUUCAGCUCCAACUGCUCACUGCUAUCGUCAAACUCUUCCUAAAGCGUCCGACAGAGACACAAGAACUGGUCCAACAAGUGCUCAGUUUGGCCACACAGGACAGCGAUAAUCCUGACCUUCGCGACCGAGGAUUCAUUUAUUGGCGACUCUUAUCCACAGAUCCCGCGGCCGCUAAAGAAGUAGUUUUAGCUGAGAAGCCAUUGAUAUCUGAGGAGACAGAUCUGUUAGAACCGACACUCUUGGAUGAACUCAUUUGCCAUAUCGGGAGUCUGGCGUCCGUCUACCACAAGCCCCCCUCAGCCUUCGUUGAGGGCAGAACCGGUCAAUUGAGGCGAUCACUGCCCGCUAGGACUGGUUCUGAAGAGACCAAUCACACUGAAACAGUUCAGUCCACUGUUAUUCCAGCUGCUGAUAGUCUGAUCGGUGAUCUAUUAAGUCUAGACAUCAGUGGCCCGCCCCCUCCCACUACAUAUACUGCAGCCCCGCUCUCCAACUCUAAUAUCGAUAUUCUGGGCGGAGGUCUCGAUAGUUUACUCGGAGGACCUGAUUUGAGUACAAGUGUACCGCAAACUACAUCCACUUCUACAUCUCAAAUAUCGUCCACUGGACUGCUCGGAGAUAUUUUUGGAAUACCCACUUCUGGGGCCUUCUAUACGCCUCCUAAACAAGUAUGGCUUCCAGCAGUUCGGGGCAAAGGACUGGAAAUAACGGGAACUUUCACUCGACGUAAUGGACAGAUAUGUAUGGAAAUGACUUUCAGUAACAAAGCGAUGCAAGCAAUGGGAGGAUUUGCCAUACAAUUCAACAAAAAUAGUUUUGGUUUAGCGCCGGCACAGCCCCUCCAAGUGCCCACUCCUUUGCAUCCAAAUAUCUCAUCGGAUGUGAGCCUUCAGUUGAAUACUAUGGGAGCCGUUCAGAAGAUGGAACCGUUGACUAGUCUUCAGGUGGCCAUUAAGAACAACGUCGAUGUCUUCUACUUCAGUUGCAUUGUUCCGACGCAUGUGUUUUGUGGAGACGAUGGAGCUAUGGAUAAGAGAGUGUUUUUGGCCACUUGGAAGGACAUCCCCUCACAAAAUGAGGUCCAGUAUGUCAUCGACAACGUUAACCUCAAUGUGGAUCAGGUCUCACAAAAACUUCAAUCAAACAACAUCUUUACGAUUGCAAAGCGUAAUGUUGAGGGACAGGACAUGCUCUACCAGUCCCUCAAAUUGACAAAUAAUAUCUGGCUUUUGGCGGAGCUUAAGGUACAGCCGGGGAACCCCAAGUUCACCCUAUCGCUUAAGUCACGGGCCAUGGAUGUGGCGCCCGCUAUAUAUCAAGUCUACGAAAUGAUUCUUCACAACUGA